CUGCAAGCGGAACAGCGUCGUCUGCCAUCAAGUGUGCACGCGCGCUCCCUCAAACGACCUGCACUUGACCAUCAACAGCAGUAAAAACAAACCAGCAGCUCCCUGCUAAGUUUUUGCAGAAGCCCCACUUUCUUGACUUGGGCCGGUAUCAUCGCUCAUCAUGGGCAAGGAGAAGGUCCACAUCAACAUCGUGGUGAUCGGCCACGUGGAUUCGGGCAAGUCCACCACCACGGGCCACCUCAUCUACAAGUGCGGCGGCAUCGACAAGCGGACCAUCGAGAAGUUUGAGAAGGAGGCUGCCGAGAUGGGGAAAGGGUCCUUCAAGUACGCCUGGGUGCUGGACAAGUUGAAGGCCGAGAGAGAACGCGGGAUCACUAUCGAUAUCUCGUUGUGGAAGUUCGAGACGACCAAGUAUUAUGUGACCAUCAUCGACGCUCCGGGACACAGGGACUUCAUCAAGAACAUGAUCACCGGGACCUCGCAGGCCGAUUGCGCUGUGUUGAUCGUGGCCGCCGGUGUGGGGGAGUUCGAGGCCGGCAUCUCCAAGAACGGGCAGACCCGCGAGCACGCCCUGUUAGCCUACACGCUCGGGGUGAAGCAACUCAUCGUGGGCAUCAACAAAAUGGACUCCACCGAGCCCAACUAUAGCCAAAAGCGCUAUGAAGAAAUUGUCAAGGAAGUCAGCACCUACAUCAAGAAGAUAGGCUACAAUCCCGACACCGUUCCUUUCGUGCCCAUCUCGGGCUGGAACGGCGACAACAUGCUUGAUGCCAGCCCCAAUAUGCAAUGGUUUAAGGGGUGGAAGAUUAACAGGAAGGAUGGCAACGCAUCGGGGACGACGCUGCUUGAAGCUCUGGACGCUAUUCAGCCACCCACCCGUCCAACGGACAAACCUCUCCGUCUCCCCCUUCAGGAUGUUUACAAGAUUGGAGGUAUUGGCACCGUUCCGGUAGGCCGAGUGGAAACGGGCAUCCUAAAGCCCGGCAUGGUGGUGACGUUCGCCCCCGUCAACAUAACCACCGAGGUGAAGUCGGUGGAGAUGCACCACGAGGCGCUCUCCGAGGCCCUGCCCGGUGACAAUGUCGGCUUCAAUGUCAAAAACGUGUCGGUGAAGGACAUCCGCCGCGGCAAUGUGGCCGGUGACAGCAAGAGUGAUCCGCCGCAGGAGGCUGCUAGCUUCACUGCUCAGGUCAUCAUCCUUAACCACCCAGGCCAGAUCAGUGCCGGAUACGCCCCAGUGUUGGACUGUCACACGGCUCACAUUGCCUGCAAGUUUGCCGAGCUCAAGGAAAAAAUUGACCGCCGCUCGGGUAAGAAGCUGGAGGACAAUCCCAAAACCCUCAAAUCUGGAGACGCGGCCAUCGUUGACAUGACUCCGGGCAAGCCCAUGUGUGUUGAGAGCUUCUCCGAGUACCCCCCACUGGGUCGCUUUGCAGUGCGCGACAUGCGGCAGACGGUGGCCGUGGGUGUCAUCAAGGCCGUGGAGAAGAAGGCCUCCACCGCUGGUAAAGUCACCAAGUCUGCCCAGAAGGCCCAGAGGAACAAAUGAAUGUUGUGCUACGCUGCCGACCCCAGGGUCUCCCAGGGCAGGAUAUCGGUCACCCAGCUCCAUCCCACGAUUGGCUGCUUCAACUUAAUAACCAAAGACUGGUUAAUCAACACAAUGCAUCGCAAAACCAUCCGAAGGAAAGAAGGUCAGCUGACUCCUAUUGGAUUACCGUGAGAAACAAUGUAGUAACACAAAGAGUAGUUUUAAGUGUUCAUUUCAUUUAUAGCAAUACCAUUCUGUGUUAGUUUUCAAUUCGAGGCACUAUUCCAAUCUAUCUUCUAUAGCCCUCGAGUACAGCUACUGUUAAACGUGGUGAAUGUUGUCCUUCCUUAGUGUCUGUUUUCCAGUUGGUUACAGAACUGCCCAGAACCGGCAGUUCAAUAGACUACUGUAUGUUCCUCCGAGUAGGUAGAACGUAGACUUUUGUUGUGGUGAAGCUUUAACCGGCAUUUAAAAACUAAAUGGCAUCGUGUGUCUUUUUCAAGGGGCUCCAAGUUGGCCUCCUGAUUAUUUAAGCACUUUCAUUGGCACUUUGCUAACUUUGCACAUGCACUGGAGAUGUUUGGAAAUUGACUAAGCUAUUGCACCUUACUGUAAGAUGGCACAAGACGCUUUGCGACAUUAAAUGUGAUUCCAUUCAA